AUCCAAGGGCCGGUUUGCUCUUAUGCUAUUUUCAAGGUUAUUUCACAUAAUUAACUUUCGUUACUUCAAAAAUAAUAUACUACUACUAUGUGGGGAAAGAAAGAAUCAGCAAUCGUAAAAAUCGAUCCCGAAAUCGAACAGCUCUACAAAAUCUCGAGAUCGAUCCUCCGAAGAACAGGUUUCUUCGAUUCUAAGGAUCCAACAGGCGGGCAUUUGAAUCGUAAGAAGAUUUGAUUUGGGACAAUAUAAAAAAUGUCAUCAGCGCAAGACCCCUUUUACAUUGUGAAAGAAGAGAUUCAAGAUUCAAUUGAUAAAUUGCUGUCUAGCUUUCAUCGAUGGGAGCAAGUUCUUCCAGAGAGUGGCGAGCAACUAAAUCUUACUAAGGAACUGCUUACUAAUUGUGAGAGCAUAGAGUGGCAGGUGGAUGAGCUGGAUAAGACAGUUUCUGUUGCUGCAAGAAAUCCAUCUUUGUAUGGUAUCAAUGAAGUAGAGCUUGACAAAAGAAGAAGAUGGACCAGCAAUGCUCGCAGUCAGGUGGGCAAUGUAAAGAAACAAGUAGUUGCUCGGAAGGAGGCAAAUGGCUUAAGCACUUCAAAUGUGAAUGGAAUGCGGCGAGAGCUUAUGAGACUUCCAAAUUCUCAUCAGACAGACAAAUCUAGCCAGUAUAAGUCACAGGCUACUGAUGAUCUCAUAUCAUCAGAAUCAGAUACACAGCUACUUAUCAUGAAGCAACAAGAUGAUGAAUUGGAUGCACUGAGUUAUGAUGUGGAAAGAAUCGGUCAUGUUGGCCUCACUAUACAUGAAGAACUUCUUGCACAGGAGAGGAUAAUAGAUGAAUUGGAUACUGAGAUGGAUAGUACCUCGGAUCGCCUUGAAUUUGUUCAGGUAUGAUUAUUGUUGUCAGUUGAGUUUAGCAUCUUUAGUUGCUUUGUUUUCAUUGUUGUAAACUGACAAGCAAGAUUUAGUACACCUUUCAUGCUUAAUUCUUUUCUUGAUUCUUUCUGUCGAUUCAUGUUUCAUGUCUCAGAAAAAAGUUGCGAUGGUUUUGAAGAAGGCAGGGGCAAAGGGUCAAUUUAUGAUGAUCUUGUUUCUUCUGGUUUUGUUUAUUAUCCUUUUUGUGCUUGUAUUCUUCACUUAGACCAUCAUUCAGGCUAAUACCGCCAUUGAUGUUACCGCUGUUUGUUGGAUGGGAAUAUCAUUGGUUAUCUGCCAGCUGUUACCAUUUUGAUCAUUUUUGGUCCUUACUAUGAAUAUCGAAAGGAGUUGUAUAUGUAUUUUGUGUUUCGGCUCCUGGCUUAAGUAGUGUUGAUAGUUUUCCUUCCAGCCAUUCACUUGGGAAAUCAUCUUUAGUUUCUGUUAGUGCUACACUUUUAUGAGAACUGAUCUCAAAUUGUUAAUCUUCUUACAAAAAUCUUGCCACGAACUAUUAUGUUUUUUCAUUCAUGGUGAAACCCUUUGAAACCCAAAAAGGGGACUAGUACUAUAGAGACCUCUAGUAAAGUUAAGACGAUCAAACUCCUCUCCCAUUUAUUUAGCUUUGUUUUUUGGCUUUUAAUGAUUCGGAAACUGAAGUUAAACAGUUUUGAUAAAUUUAACUAUUAUGAUGGAUAAGAUGCUCUGUUUUUGUUAUCAGAACAAUUACUAUAAGACUUAGUUUUGAAUACAAAGUACACUUGAGGGGGUACAUGCACGAGGUACCAAGUAGAUUUCAUUCAAUUUUAGCUACAUUUUGAAUUAAGCCUGAAUCACUAUAUUGUUUGUUUCGUACCCCCAAAAAUGCCUUAUUUAUUGAAUAAGUUGUGUGUCAAUGGAGGCUAUGGAUGCUCUAUUUUGUUCAAACAUGAAGCAGUAAUAACAAGGGUCACAAUAAAUAUCAUCC